UGCUAAGCUAGGCUGAGAGAGAAAGCCGGUAACGUGUAGAAGGGACGAUAGGAGACGACCCACCGGGGGACACGUAGAGCUGACAGGGCGCCUCCACGCUGCGCAUGCGCUUGUAGUUUAUACUGUCAGUGCCGGAGGUUCCAUGUGGAAGCUGUGGCUCCUGUUUUGCUAGGACUGCCAUAUGUUCGGACCUAUGUGCUGAGAAAGCGGGAAAAUGGCAAAGAAGAGAGGAAAGAACCUGCCCGUCCAGGAGUCUGUGGAGACAGAACCAGCAUGCAAACACAUCCGAAAGGGAGUGGAGGAAGGAGCGGUGAAGAGGGCCCUGGUCAACGUGGAGUGGAACGUGUGUCAGGACUGCCACACUGAGGGCAAGGAGAAGGCAAGCUCCGAGGACGAGGAGGCAGACGUGGUCUGGAUCUGCCUGAAAUGUGGUCACAGGGGCUGCGGCAGAUAUUCGGAGCAGAAGCAUGCCCAAAACCAUUAUAACACCCCGAGAUCAGAACCGCACUGCCUGGUGCUCAGCGUUGGAGACUGGAAUGUGUGGUGCUACCUGUGCGACAACCAAGUCGACCACAACAGCUCUGGGCGGCUUCGACAGUUGGUGGACUACAUCCAGAAGAAGUCAAAGUUAAAUGUCAGAAGUGCAGACAAAGGGCAAGCAAAUCAAGUUAUAUGCAUCUUUGAAAACGCCCCAGAGAAGGAAACGCAUCAAACCGAAGACUCAAUAAAGUCGACGACUAAGGUGGACAAAUUGGUCAGCGCGCUCAAUGACGGCAAGGAAGUCACCGUAAAAGGGCUCAGUAAUUUGGGGAACACCUGCUUCUUUAACGCUGUCAUGCAGAACCUGUCCCAGACGCCUGCAUUACGAGAGCUUCUAAAUGAAGUGAAACACCCAGGAAGAACCGUAACAGUUCACGUCCCUGACACGCCGCUGUCGUCCCGAGAAGUGAAGCUGGAGCAGCAGCCGGGACCCCUGACUUUGGCCAUGUGGCAAUUUCUCACUGAGAUGCAGGAGACUAAAAAGGGGGUUGUGACCCCUAAAGAGCUCUUCUCUCAGGUCUGUAAAAAGGCACUACGGUUCAGAGGCUACCAGCAGCAGGACAGCCAGGAACUGCUCCGCUAUCUGCUUGAUGGGAUUAGAGGAGAGGAGAUCCUGAGAGUCUCUUCGGCACUUUCCAAGACCUUACAGGAUGAUUCAGACACGAUGGAUGAGGAGGAAGUUAAAAAGCUUGUUAAAGAGUGUGAGAAAAGAAGAUCCAUCCCCAAUUUUGUGGACCGCUUAUUCGGAGGCGAACUAACGAGUACGAUAAUGUGUGAGACCUGCUGCACGGUAUCCUUGGUCCAUGAGUCUUUUCUUGACCUUUCUCUUCCUGUCCUGGAUGAUGCGCCUACAAAGAAAAAUUCCCCCAAAGCAUUGAAUGUCUGCGAACCGAAGGUUGAGGAGGAGGACGAUAGUUAUGUGAAGGAAAGAAAUGACUCGUCUUCUGGGACAAGCAAGCACCUUCAAAAGAAAGCAAAAAAGCAAGCCAAAAAGCAAGCAAAGAAUCAGCGGCGACAACAGAAAUUCCAGGGAAAGACCGUGCUAUUCACUGAUCUCAAUGCCAGCCAGCAGCAGGACGAUGAGGAGGAGGAGGAGGCCGUCUCUGAAAACAACACAUUGGAUAAUAACGCCGGGCCGCCAGUGGAGCCCACGGCUGAAGACGUCUCUGUAAGUGUGCAGGGUGAAACUGAGGUGGAGAAGGCCGAGGACUCUUCAGAAGAGAAGAAUGAAACCAGCAUGAAUAAUGUGAAUGUAAACUCUGAGACCCUGAAUGAAGGUGCGGAGCAUCAGAACGAGCACGAGCGGGGGACAAAUCUAGAUGACACCCAGUCAGGUCCUGGAAAUCCGGAAGAGAAUUGCAGUGAAAACACCAAGGUUAAUGGAGAAAUUGGUCACGUGAACAUGGAUCUCAAUGAGGUUCAGUACAAGACCCUAGAGGUGACUGAGAGCCCCCAAAUCGAAGACCCCACCAGUCAACUAACAGAAAGCAUAAACAGGUUAAAUCUGAGCUUGGCCCUUGAACCUAAUGACAUAGAGAUUGAAAUAAUAGAUGAAGCGUCAAGCCCACCGCUCUACGAAGUGGUGAACGUGGACCCCAGAGCGGCGUUUUGCACACUUUCGGACAGGAGGGAGACGCAGCCGGACAACUGGUCUGUCCUUGGGUGCCUCGAGCAAUUCACCCGCAAGGAGAGCUUGGUGGGCAGUAACCAGCUGUUGUGUAACACUUGUACCCAGAGGCAGGCCAAGGUUGUGAAAAAUAAUACGAAAGGAGAUAAAAAGUUUGUAUACACCAAUGCCAAGAAGCAGAUGCUGGUGUCCGCUCCUCCUCCGAUCCUGACACUACACCUAAAGAGAUUUCAGCAGAACGGUUUUAGUCUCCAUAAGUUGAAUAAACAUAUCAAGUUUCCAGAGGUGAUUGAUCUGGCCCCAUUCUGUACCGCCAAGUGUAAGAAUAUUUCUGAUGGAGACUGCAGAGUACUGUACGCUUUGUAUGGGGUGAUCGAGCACAGCGGCACCAUGCGGUCGGGACACUACACUGCCUACGUGAAGUCUCGAAGCCCAAAUCCUAACCUGUCUGAGCUGGUAGUUCGGGGAGUACUUCCUGAAGCCUCCAACACAGAACCCAGUAAAGGCCACUGGUACCACAUCAGCGACAGCCAAGUGCAAGCCGUGCCACUAAGCAAAGUGCUAAACUGCCAGGCCUACCUCCUGUUCUACGAGAGGACACUGUGACCCGGGCUCAUCGCUCAUGUACUCAGAUGCCAAGGAAUAUUUAUUUUAAUGAAACUCUUGGAGGAUAACAGUCGCCUACUCGUCAAGGACCAAGAACAGAAAACGGCUGCUGCGUCCUUCUCUUGCAUAACGUGUUAAAUAUGUAUAUAAAAGCACAACCAUAGCAGUUUUAUUUUGACAUGGGGGGGGUUUGGAGGCAGUAUGGACGUUAGUACUUAUGCAAUAAAUGUCAUACUGUUGCUACUAUAAACCAUUUUGUAUGUACUUGACACCAA